AUGUCCGCCAACUCGUAUUACGGCGGUGGCGGCGACCAAGGAGGCUACGGCCAGCAGGGCGGAUAUGGCCAGCAGCAGGGAGGCUACAACCAGCAGCAACCGCAAUACGGCCAGCAGCAAUACGGCCAGCAGCAGCCGCAAUACGGUCAGCAGCAGCAGCAGUACGGCCAGCAGCAACCCCAGUACGGCCAGCAGCGAGAAGGAGGCGGAGGAGGACAGGCCAGCUCGUACGCCGCCUCCUUCGGCAAUGACCAGAACAACAACACGGCCCAGGCCUACCCGGGGAGCAACACCGGCCCCGGCGGUCCCGGAGGACCCGGCGGCGCCCAGGACGGCGAGCGUGGCCUCGGCGCGACUCUUGUCGGAGGCGGUGCCGCCGGCUGGGCUGCCCACAAGGCCGGGGGUGGUUUCCUAGCCAGUCUGGCUGGUGCUGCUGCCGGUGCCAUCGGUGCCAAUAUCCUUGAACACGGCGUUAAGAAGUACAAGAAGAACAAGAAGAACCACAAGGACGGUCGCCCCAGAGCCAUGUCCGGCGCUUCCACCAGCAGUGAAGAUUCCGAGGACGAGUUCGGCAACCGUCGACCCGGCGCUGGCCCCGGGAAGCGUGAUCUCGAUGGUCCCGGUGGCCACGACUACGGCCCGCCCAGUGGCCCGCCUCCUCCUCAGUAUGGCGGCCACCACGGAGGCCCCGGCGGCCCUGGAGGCUACGGUGGUCAGGGAGGCUACGGUGGUGGCCCGGGAGGCUAUAACCAGGGCGGCUAUGGCCAGGAGCCACCUCGCUGGUAG